AUGCCUUUUACUGCCAAUGCUCGCUCGCCCACUGUCACUAUGCCCAGAAUCAAGUCCAUGACAACUGGCUCCAUCCCCUCUUUUGUUGAUCUGAUCCUGAAUUUCGAUGAAGGGGAUACUUCAUCAACCCUGGCUUCUCAGGACACUUGGUUAGCUCAGAUCAAGGCUCAUGAUAUGGGCAAGCUCCUCAUGUACGGAGAUGACACUUGGUUGAAGCUGUUUCCAAACACUUUUGACCGUGAAGAUGGAACUACAAGUUUCUUUGUAGCGGACUUUACUGAGGUGGACAACAAUGUCACCAGAAACAUUGCUCCUGAGCUGGAAAAUAACGACUGGGGACUCAUGGUCCUCCACUACCUCGGUCUAGAUCACAUUGGACACAAAGCUGGACCCAAAAGGCUUGUUCGCCCUGAAGUGGCCUUUAUUAUGAAAGAGAUGGACAGUGUUGUCCAGACUCUCUUUGAAGCUAUGAAGACCAAGCCUCAUCUGGACUCAACGCUGCUCGUUCUAUGUGGCGACCACGGUAUGAAUGAUGCUGGAAACCAUGGUGCUUCUUCACCUGGCGAAACAUCGCCUGCUCUGGUUUUCAUGUCCCCGAAACUCAAGUCAAUCUCUUCGAAACUCUCCGCGCCAGCUCAGCCCAAGGAUGAAUUUGACUUUUACUCUAUGGUAGAGCAAUCCGAUCUGGCACCAACUAUUGCUGCUUUGCUAGGCUUCCCAGUCUCCAAGAAUAAUCUAGGAGCUUUCAUUCCAGACUUCCUCCCCUUCUGGCACACGACUAGUGAUCAGAUUCAGAUCCUGGUCCGAAAUGCUCGCCAAAUCCUCAACAUUGUCACCGCUGCGUUUGGAAGUGAGCUCUUUGAUUCAGAGAGCAGCAUUGAUCCGUGUGCUCUGGAACAGACGGAAAUUAACGAGUUGGCUUGCCAAUGGCGGAAACUAAACGGAGAGGCUUACGUCCUCGCAGCCCGUAAUAGCCUGGAUAAGAAAUGGCUUGGCGACAUGUCUCAAUGGCUUCGACGGGCACAAGAUCUGAUGAGUAGUAUGGCUUCCAAUUAUGAUAUGCCCAAGCUUUACAUCGGCCAAGCAAUUGCUGCCAUUGCAGCUGUCACAAGUGCAAUGGUGCUUGUUAGUCUCAAGACUCACCACGAUGGGCAGAUUCUUCCCUUCAGCCUCUUAGCACUAGUUUAUGGUGCCAUGAUGUACGCAAGCAGUUAUGUCGAGGAGGAACAGCACUUCUGGUAUUGGUCUUCGAGCACCUGGCUUGUGAUACAGGGUGUGCUGCAUGUUCGAAGAAAAAAUAGUAUGGAAGAAGUUGCUUGGGUAUUCGUUGCCCUUGUAGCGUUGAGAAUCACCAGAGGUUGGAACCAAACCGGUCAGAAAUUCGCAGGAGAUCCAGAUAUCGUCAAAAGUUUCGUUGUCACGCAUCCGCAGCUUCUAUGGGUCAUUAUCACUUUAGGAUAUAUGAUCAUGUCAUUCCGGCUGCUCGCCCGCCUGAAGAGUCUCCCUUCUCUUGUCAGCACGAGCAUCACGUCGGUUCUGCUCAUGUCUGCUUACAGCUUCAAACUCGACUUCACCAACGAAGAUGCACCUGAACUUGUUGUUGGCUUCGCCAAAAGCUUGAACGAUUUACUCGUGGGUCAGUCACUGCUUUGGAGAGCUAGAACCGCCUUCAUCCUCCUCGGUAUUCUGUUUGGAUAUGGUAUCUACCGAUCCUUCACUGGUGGUAGAAACGGGCAAUUGCAAUCAGGUAACAACUCGCUGCCCACAACCUUUGGUCUCUCGACAGUUACUGACUUCACGACAGCAUACCUCUUCCACCACCUCUACACAAUUUUUGGCAUAACCCAAUCCCGUGCUACAAACAUUCCCCUCUUCUUCCUGUCUGACAUUCUCUUCCAUGCACUCCAAGCCACCGACCUCUCUGUGACUGGAAUUACUAUUACCGCUAUUCUCCUCCAAUACACAACUUUUUUCGCCUUUGGUGGCUCCAACGCUAUCAGCUCUGUCGACCUUUCAAGCGCGUACAAUGGCAUCAGUGGUUUCAACUUCUUUGCUGUUGGGUUUCUCACCCUCGCAAGCAACUGGGCCGGGCCCAUCUUCUGGACUUCUGCUGCUAAUCUCCUUCUACUCCGCAAAUAUCAUGAGGGUCAGCGCAAUGCAUUCUGGCAAUACAUUACUUUGCAGACCCUAUUCGUUUCUGCGACAGUUGCGUUGGUUAUGGCAGCUUGCACUUCGUUGAGAACGCAUCUCUUCAUUUGGACUGUCUUCUCACCCAAGUAUCUGUACUGUAUGGCCUGGAGCUUGGGUCAACAUUUGCUGAUCAAUGUUGGCUUCGGGGGUCUACUUUUCUGGCUGGGAUCACGCAACUAG